AUGCCGAUUUUGCGAUCAAAAGUCACUAGACUGUACUGUUUGCGUGUGUUUUCACUCGGACCGAAGCGAAUCGAGUACUCCAAGUUGAAAGUUGCCGUUCCGAAGGAAGUAUUUCCUGGUAACCUCAGUUUUUAAGAAAAGAGUGCACUGCCGGUUUGUUCAGGAGAAAAACGCGUUUCACUGAGUCCAUCCGGUGUAUCACUUUUGAAGAAAAAUGGGAUAAAUGUAUUGGUGAGUGUCAAAACGACGGUUCUUUUCAAUUAAAAUAAUAUUUUUCAUUCAGAUUGAACAAAAUGCGGGUGCGUUGGCUGGCUACUCGAACGAAGAGUACACAAAACAUGGAGCUGUUGUCACCGACACAAACGAAGUGUUCGAUACUGAUGUUCUUUUGAAGGUACACACGUUUUUAGGCUUCAAAAAUCUGAACUUUCACCAGAUUCGUCCUCCAACAGAUGGAGAAGUGGCCAAGCUGCGUAAUGGGAGCACUCUCAUCUCAUUUAUCCAUCCAGGACAGAAUAAACCACUUCUGGAGUUGUUGACCAAGUCAGACAAAACUGUGUUCGCGAUGGAUUGUGUUCCGAGGAUCAGUCGUGCUCAGGUGUUCGACGCGUUGUCUUCCAUGGCUAACAUCGCUGGUUACCGUGCUGUUAUUGAAGCUGCAAACCAUUUUGGACGCUUUUUCACUGGACAGAUCACUGCAGCCGGAAAGGUCCCUCCCGCAAAGGUUCUUGUGAUCGGAGGAGGAGUUGCCGGGUUGAGUGCAAUUGGAACUGCAAGAGGAAUGGUAAGAUUGGCGGUCGCCAAUAUAUUUCAUCAAUAACAUGUAGGGAGCGGUUGUGAGAGGAUUUGAUACGCGCGCAUCGGUCAAGGAACAUGUCGAGUCACUAGGCGCUCAAUUUCUAACAGUGAAUGUGAAAGAGGACGGUGAAGGAGGCGGUGGAUACGCGAAGGAAAUGAGCAAAGAGUUCAUCGAAGCGGAAAUGAAGCUUUUUGCGGAUCAGUGCAAAGACGUCGACAUCAUCAUCACGACCGCACUCAUUCCAGGCAGAAAAGCACCUGUGCUGAUUACUGAGGUUAGAUUCUUCUCUUUUUUUAUUCAAAAUAACACCAAAACUUAAGGAAAUGAUCAAAACAAUGAAGCCUGGAAGUGUUGUUGUGGACUUGGCCGCAGAAUCGGGAGGAAAUAUUGAGACUACACGUCCUGGAGAGGUGUACACAAAACAUGGGGUCACACACAUCGGGUUCACGGAUCUGCCUUCAAGGUAGAGAUAAACUCUGAAAAUGUGUACUAUUUAUUUUCCAGACUCCCGACACAAAGUAGCGAAUUGUACUCAAACAACAUUUCCAAAUUCCUUCUUCAUCUCGGCAAAGACAAGACUUUCUUUGUGAACGAAGAAGACGAGGCAUGACUUGAUUGAAGAUAAAGUCCGAGAUUCCCUGGGUUUAGGUCACUCGAGGUGCAUUGGUCGUGCAUGAGGGACAACUGAAAUGGCCGCCACCGCCGAUCAACUUUCCACCUCCAGCAGCUCCGAAAGUAGCGAAAGCUGUUGACACGACUGCGUUGGUCCCACUGACUCCAUUCAGAAAAACUGCAAAUCAGACUCUGCUUCUCACUUCAGGUUUUCACAUAGUUUUCCUGUGAAUGUAACUCUUUAACUUUUUCAGGACUUGGCUCCAUAUCACUGCUCGGACUGUCUUGCACCAAUCCUCAACUUUCCAGCAUGUCAACCACAUUUGCAUUGGCCGGGAUUGUUGGUGAAUAAUAGGAAUGAAUCUGCACAGUUUAAAAUCAAAUGAAAAUUACAGGUUACCAUACCGUUUGGGGUGUCACACCAGCUCUCCACUCCCCUUUGAUGAGUGUUACCAAUGCGAUAUCUGGAACUACUGCCGCUGGAGCACUGUGCUUGAUGGGCGGAGGAUUGUUCCCUCAGAAUUCGUAUCAAACUAUGGCUCUGCUGGCAACGUUCAUCUCUUCUGUCAACAUUGGUGGUGGGUUCUUGGUGACCAAAAGAAUGCUGGAUAUGUUCAAAAGAAAAGGUAGUUUCCAAAGGUUUCAUGAUCAUCCGAAUUGAAUCCGCUCUUGAUUCAGACGACCCCCCAGAGCACAAUUAUCUGUACUCCAUUCCUGCUGCAGUAUUUCUAGGAGGCUAUGGCUAUGGGCUUUAUACCGUGAGUUAAGCACUUUCAGUGAGUAGUAUUUAAUAAUUUUCCUCAACAGGCUGCUCCUUUGAUUCAUUCGUAUGCCUAUCUCGGAUCAUCGUUGUGCUGCGUCGGUGCGCUGGCCGGUCUUUCCUCUCAAACGACAGCAAGAGUCGGAAAUGCUCUUGGAAUCAUCGGAGUUACCGGAGGAGUUGGUGCCACGCUCGGUAUUCUUCAGCCCGAUUUCAAUACUUUGCUUCAAAUGGGUGGCGCAUUGGGUCUCGGAUCAUUGAUUGGUGUUGGUAUUGCAAACAGAAUCAAAGUAAGAUUUUUCAGAUAAAUGUGACAUGCUUUCAGUUUUGAACAGGUCACGGAUUUGCCCCAACUCGUCGCGGCAUUUCACUCAUUUGUCGGUCUGGCCGCCACUCUCACAUGUUUGGCCAAUUUCGUCAAAGAACACCCACACUUUCUGGCAGAUCCAUCAAGUAGGCAAAACAAAAAAGUUCACAGGCACUAAUCCUUCUUUCCUUUCCAUCCCUUCAGACGCGGCUGCUGCAAAGAUUGCACUCUUUCUGGGUGCGUACAUCGGAGGAGUCACUUUCACUGGCAGUCUGAUGGCAUACGGAAAAUUGCAAGGAAUUCUGGCGUCCGCUCCAACAUACCUACCUGCUCGUCACCUGCUCAACGGAGGGUUGUUGGCUGGAAACGUGGGAGCAUUGGGAACUUACAUGUAUUCCACCGACUUUGGAACGGGAAUGAGCAUGCUGGGAACAACUGUGGGACUUUCCAGUCUCAUGGGUGUCACAUUGACAAUGGCUAUCGGAGGAGCCGAUAUGCCGAUUGUCAUCACUGUUCUCAACUCAUACAGUGGUUGGGCUCUUUGUGCAGAGGGAUUUAUGCUAAAUAACGAUUUGCUGACAAUUUUGGGAGCUAUGAUCGGAAGUUCCGGAGCAAUUCUCUCACACAUCAUGUGCAAGGCUAUGAAUCGAUCGCUUCUCAACGUUAUUCUUGGUGGCGUUGGAACAAAGUCGAAGGGAACCGGCGCCGCAAAGGCUAUCGAGGGCACUGCAAAGGAAAUUGCUUGCAAUGAAGUACUGAACAAGUUUUCCCUGGUAAAUUGAAAAAAGGAACUCUUUUAGACUGCGGACUUGCUUCUCAAUGCACGUUCAGUCAUCAUCAUUCCGGGGUACGGACUCUGUGCCGCCCAAGCGCAAUACCCGAUCGCCCAGCUAGUGAAAGAACUGCAGCAGAGAGGAGUGCGAGUGAGAUUCGCAAUUCAUCCUGUCGCAGGUCUGUGACAAAGUUCAAUAUGUGUUUCAACAGUUGGUCGGGUUGCAGGAAGAAUGCCCGGACAACUGAAUGUUCUUCUCGCCGAGGCGGGUGUGCCCUACGACAUUGUCGAGGAAAUGGAAGAGAUUAAUGAUGAUUUCAAAGAAACUGACGUCGCGCUCGUGAUCGGUUCUAACGACACCAUCAAUUCUGCAGCGGAGGAUGACCCGAACAGUUCGAUUGCCGGUAUGCCGGUUCUGCGAGUGUGGAAUUCGAAACAGGUAUAAACCACAGUUGACUGAGACGAAUGUCCCCAUUUUCUAUCACAGGUCAUCAUUGUAAAACGGACACUUGGUACCGGCUACGCGGCAGUCGACAAUCCAGUGUUUUUCAACGAAAACACUCAGAUGCUGCUGGGAGAUGCGAAGAAAAUGAGCGAGAAACUGCUCGAAGAAGUGAAGGCUAAACCAAUGUAG